UCGGUAACGAACAUUCAAGACGUAUACUUGUGGUUGUGUUUCGUUCCUCAUCUGACUGCCUUCACCGAGUUUUUCAUAAAACAAGAAUAUCACCGACCAUGGAAUCAACUUCGUCAUUCUUUGUAAUAAUGCUGAUGGCUUGCUCUUCCGCCUUAGAUACUGUCCUAUGUCCGUUGGACUGUGACUGUUCAGAGGCAAACAGAAUCAAUUGUAGCAACAAAGAGCUAAGAAGCCUUGAUCCUAGCCUCUUCAGCGGGAUUAGUAUUCGAGAUACGACUCACCUCUACUUGGAUGGGAACGGUCUCUUCGGACUCAGCAAAGACCUUUUCGUAUUCCUUGGAAAGCUAAGAAUUCUGCACUUGCAUAAUAACAUUUUGACAUCUAUUCAUACGGAUACGUUUAGUGGACAGAACAACCUCGAGGUACUUACCCUGCAUAAUAACGCCCUAUCUUCACUGCAUCCUUUGUUGUUCUGCAAACUCUUGAACCUGAAACAUUUGACCUUACACCGGAAUCGCAUUCUGACCUUUAGUAACGAAACCUUCGCCCAGUUAAAGAAACUUGAAGUGCUGGAUCUCAGUCUUAAUUAUUUGAAUACCCUUGAUAAUGGAAUAUUAAAUUCUCAGAGCAAACUAAUUGUAUUGAACGUGUCCAGUAACUCACUGUCAACCAUCUCAAAUAAUGUGUUCAAUAAUACGAUCAGUCUGAAGAAUUUAUCUCUAAGUUAUAAUAAUUUAGAAAUAUUAGAAGCAUCAGAGUUCAAUAACAUGAAGGAUCUAGAAUUUCUUUUCUUAAACAAUAAUAAUUUGUCUUCAUUUGGGAAUACAAAUUUUCAGCUGCAAAAUCUGAAGUUAUUAGAUUUGUCUUCAAAUAAUUUGCACAGUUUGGGUAGUGAAGUGUUCACAUCUCUACCGAAGCUUGAAACAUUGUUGCUCCAAAAAAAUGGUCUGGAAACAAUUGAUACUGGAGUGUUUGAGUCACUAGCGAAUCUAAUUUCUUUACAAAUGAAUCAGAAUAGACUUCAAAGUUUGCCUGAUGAUUUAUUCAUGAGAACACAAAAGCUCGUAACCUUAACCAUUAGUAACAAUCCUCUUCAUAGUCUGCAGAGUAACGUCUUCAACAGAUUGACAGAGCUAGAAGAGCUUAGUAUUAGUUCCUGUCAACUAACUGAAUUGAAGCCUAAUAUUUUCGAAAAUCUAAUGAAAUUGAAAUAUUUGGAUCUGGAUAAGAAUGCGUUCACAACACUUGACAAUAAAGUUUUUAAUUCAUUAACUGGGCUUAGGGAAUUAAUCUUGACGAACAAUGAAUUAAAAUCUUUAAGCAGUGGAUUAUUUACAUCUCAAAAGAAUUUAGAUAAACUACUUUUAGGCAAUAAUGCUCUUACAACUAUUGACAUGGCAACUGUGGAACCAUUAAAUAAUUUGAAGGAACUGGAUCUGACAGAUAACCCUCUGAUAUGUGACUGCAAUCUUAAAGAUGCUCUUAUGAUAAUCGUCAGCCGCCAUGUUGAGUACAAUGCUACUUGUGAUACUCCCGAUGUUUCGCGUGGGGAUUCUUGGGAAUUGAUUCUGUCGUUACCAUGCGAAACAACAACGGAAACGACAACGCACCCUACUACCACAGCUACUCCUGCCACUACUACCACAGCUACUCCUGCCACUACCACAACUGCCACCACCACCACCGCUACUACUACUACUACUACCACUACUACUACUACUACUACUGCUACUACCACAACCACCAAGGCAGAAGCAAUGUCCCAAAAUCUAGCAGCAAAUUUAAAUGGAAAGGAAGAUGUGGCUGCUUACUGCAAACCGUGCAUAACUCUAAUACUUCUGCAUCUCAUUUUACUAAUUAUUUGUUAUAUGUGUGAUUGAAAGAAAGGAAAAUUAAAUUAGUUUUAGGUGUGAUGAUGACUGCCAGGGCUGCUGCUUCUGCUUAAAACACGUUUGUUAAGGAAUAUGUGAGUGUACUUUCAUCUGAUUCCAGCAUUCGGUGCUUCAGGUUAGGAAUGGAAUGGAAAAAAAAGCAAUAAAAGAAGGAAAGUGAAUUUAAAGCAGUGAUGAUUUUUACAGUUCUUGACUGUAAUGAAAAUAUACAGAUACAAGAUUUUUAUUGUAUGUUAUAAUAUUGAAGAAUAGCGUCCUCUACGUUUAAUGUGUCUAUUUGCUUGAAAUAUUAAGUGUAAAUUAGGAGAUAAAUAUUGAAAUAACAUGCCAACUUUUCUCUACAAGAUUGCAGGCUCUGCUGCCAGGCCAAGACUGGCAAUUCCUGAUUAAUAUUUGAAGAGAAGUUGCUAAUUUUAUCGUAUCGUCAAAGCCGUAUGCUAACACAAAAUCGUAAAUUGCGCAUCCAGUUAUCAGAAAUUAAAUUUUUGGUGAGCCUCUGAAACAAACAGUACCGAAUACUCAGUAUAUAAUUUUUAAUGAUUAAUUAUUAUGCUGAAAGUCACCCAUUAUUCUGUUUGUCUAGCAAGAUAAUGUAAAACAGAAUCAUUAUUGUCUCAGAGGCCUAUCAGAAAUAAUAUUCACAAAUAUUUACAUUUGGUGUCUCGGUAAAUGUAACUAAGUGGUACAGAAAUAAAAGAAAAUAUGUUACAGGUAUCUAAACGGAAUUUUCUUUUAAAAUUCCAGUCCUAAUAUCAAAGAAACAUUCUGCUGCUUGCACAAGAGAGUGCUGUAUCAUUCAGAGUUUAAAUAUAAAUCCUUAUCAAAAUUAUAAUACAAUCAGAUUCUAGAGGGUUCUGACGAUUGUAUAAAACAGGCAUGUUCAACGCGUCGAUCGAGGGAUGAUUUUUGGUCGAUCUCAUAGGUCCAUAAGGAAAUUAUACGUGAAA